AGCCAAGUGAAAGCAAACAAAGCUAUCUCUCUCUCUUCUCUCUAUAUUUUUCAUCUCAAAAUACGAAAAAUAUAUAAGUUUCUAUCAAGUUAUAUGUAUAUUAAAAAAAGGAAGUAAAGUCUCGAGUAAGAAGAAUAUGUCGAUAAGACGUAUCUAUCCAUGCCUUAAUGUUCUCAUCAAAAGAUCAAGUCCUUUCUUCUUUUGAUCAAUCACAAUUCACAAGAUCACAAUUCGAAAUCUCUCUUUCCCCAUCUCUGUUUCUCUAUCUUCUAUUAUAACAAUCAAGAAUCAAGAAUGGUGCGGACACCGUGUUGCAGAGCAGAAGGGUUGAAGAAAGGAGCAUGGACUCAAGAAGAAGACCAAAAGCUUAUUGCCUACGUUCAACAUCACGGUGAAGGAGGCUGGCGAACCCUUCCCGAUAAAGCUGGACUCAAAAGAUGUGGCAAAAGCUGCAGAUUGAGAUGGGCUAAUUACCUUAGACCUGACAUUAAGCGUGGUGAGUUUAGCCAAAAGGAGGAAGAUUCCAUCAUUAAUCUCCAUGCCAUUCAUGGCAACAAAUGGUCGGCUAUAGCUCGUCGAUUACCAGGAAGAACAGACAACGAGAUCAAGAACCACUGGAACACUCACAUCAAGAAACGUCUUAUCAAGAAAGGCAUCGAUCCCUUGACCCACAAAUCACCUGACCAUCCCGAGACAUUGCCGGAUAAAAGCAUAGGUCAUCAGGAGGAUGAUGAUCAGAAGUCAAACAAUAAUAAGUCCUUAGCGUCACCAUCAGCUCGGUUCUUGAACAAAGUAGCAAGAUUUGGUAAGAGAAUAAACCACAGUGCUCUGUCUAUUAUUAUUGGAAGUGGUGGCCCAUUUACUAGUCACACUACUCCAACUACUAGUGCUUCUGAAUGUGAGAAGUCAACGAGUUCUUCAUCCACACCCAACUCUUCGAAUCUCCAGAUGAUCCUCGAUGCAACUACUACUCCAACUACUAGUACUUCUACGUUCUCUAACGAUGCCUCGGCUCCGCUAAUGUACGACAAUAUCUUUGAUGACAUUGACGAUAUGACGGGAUUUUCAUCAAGAUUUUUGAAUGAUAUUGUAUCUCAUGAUGAUGAAGACUUCUUGAUGUUGGAUGAGUCUUGUUCAGAGAAUACUUUGUUCACGGAGGAACUAACAAUGAUUCUUCAGGAAGAUACAACUGAGACGAUGUUUAAUGAUAGCCACCUGAAGCUGAUCAACGAAGUUGAUGACUACUCCUUUGAAGGGAUUGACAACUGGUUUGGAUAAAGUUUAUAUAAAGAAAUGGAUAUUAGUUUCCAGCGGGAUCAGCAGUCUACAAUUUAUGACGAUGAUGAUGAAAAUAUGGCAAGUAUAUCAAUUAGAAUUUGAUUUUGCUGAGUUAUUUUAAUAGUUUGUGUGAGUUUCUGAAUUAUGAUUUUUUUUGUAAGAAACUACAAAUAAAUAAAAAGGUUAUGUUAACCACUAAUUAUCAAAUAA